CCGGAUGGAGGAGUAAAAUAAUUGACAAUAAACAUAAAUCUUAUGCCUCCGACAAAGUACAGGCCGUUUGUGCAGCAGUUUGAGGCAACAAACUAUCAAUGAUACAGUUAUCUCCGGAAGGCGUCGUGUGAAGAUUUGCAGUCGCUGACAGCUGUCUCUUUUCGGGGAAAUGGAGCAUAUCCGAACACCAAAGGUGGAGCAGGUGCGACUGUUGGAUCGCUUCAGCAACAAAUUUACAAGUGGUACACUGUACCUCACAGCCACACAUCUCAUCUUUGUUGAGAGCAGCUCCAACAACUCGACAUCUGCCGGACAGGAGAUCUGGAUCUUGCAUCACCACAUAGCGUCUGUGGAGAAGCUCUCCCUGACCACCACCGGCUGUCCUCUGGUCAUCCAGUGUCGCAACUUCAGGCUGGUUCAUUUUGUGGUGCAGAGAGAAAGAGACUGCCACGACAUUUACAGCUCGCUGCUGCGUCUUCUACGGCCUGUAUCCUACGAGGAGCUCUAUGCCUUUUCCUACAACCCCAAACAGAACGACCAACAGAGGGAGGAAGGAUGGCAGCUCAUCGACCUGGGGGCGGAAUUUGAGAGGAUGGGCGUCCCCUGCGACCAAUGGCAGCUCACAAACGUCAACAGAGACUACAAGGUGUGUGAGACAUACCCACGGGACCUGUAUGUUCCCAUCACUGCCAGUAAGCCUAUCAUUGUGGGGAGCUCCAAAUUCAGAAGCAAAGGACGCUUUCCUGUUCUCACAUACUUCUACCAAGAAAAGAAGGCGGCAGUAUGUCGAUGCAGUCAGCCUCUCUCCGGGUUCAGCGCGCGAUGCCUAGAGGAUGAGAGCAUGCUGCAGGCCAUCUGCAAGGCCAAUCACAACAGCCGAUUUGUCUACGUCAUGGAUACUAGGCCAAAGUUGAAUGCGCUAGCUAAUCGAGCAGCAGGCAAAGGCUACGAGAACGAGGACAACUACUCCAACAUCCGCUUCCAGUUUGUUGGAAUCGAAAACAUCCACGUGAUGAGGACCAGCCUGCAGAAAAUGCUAGAAUUGGCUGGGACUCGCUCUCUCUCCAUGAGCGACUUCCUGGUUGGCCUGGAGAGCAGCGGCUGGCUGCGGCACAUCAAGGCGGUUCUGGACGCAGCUAUCUUUCUCACCAAGGCGGUGACAGUGGAAGGAGCCAGUGUGUUGGUCCAUUGUUCAGACGGGUGGGACAGAACCGCCCAGGUCUGCUCCCUGGGGGCGCUGCUCAUGGACCCCUACUACCGCACCAUGAAGGGCCUUAUGGUACUGAUAGAGAAAGACUGGAUCUCCUUUGGCCACAAGUUUGCAGACAGGUGUGACCAGUUGGACGGGGAUCCAAAAGAAGUGUCUCCUAUCUUCACUCAGUUCCUGGAGUGUGUGUGGCAGCUGACAGAGCAGUUCCCACAGGCAUUUGAGUUCAGCGAGUGGUUCCUGCUGCAGAUCCACGAGCACAUCCACUCCUGUCAGUAUGGAAACUUCCUUGGAAACAACCAGAGGCAGCGAGAGGACUUGAAGUGAGUUGAACAAACACAUGAAAGAGGCACUCCUCAUUGCUCAAACGAAACCAUGCUUUAAACAAAUAACUUACAUAAACAUUAAUUAAAUAUGUGGUUGAUUUGGAUA